AUGGCCGACCACAGCAACGAAGAAGCUAUCGACAUAAAGGAGACGUCGCUCAACAGCUCCGUGUCUUCGAUAGGCCGCACGCCUCCGACAGCGCUCAAACUGGGCUCCAGUCCCAGUCCGGCCUCUUCACACCGCUCGAGCUUCGCGGAACACAUGCGAGGAACGCCUACAUCACCGCGCGCGUCACGGCAACCUUCGCUCACACAACAAGCUCUGCAAGACCUCCUGAACAACCCACCAACUAAGGGCGGUGACCCAAAGUUCCAGGGACGCGAUUGGAAAUCAGUCAGGCUUGGAGAGAUAGUCGAUCCCGACCUAGUCAGAUUUGUUGAAUACGACACCAGUGUUGAGGAUGCGACAAGCAUACUGGUCAAACACGGAGCUCCUAAUGUCGUCCUUCUGCGUGAAGACGCAAACACACGACAUGCGACCGGCACUUUCGAUUACAGCGACCUGAACGCCUAUCUCCUCCUUGUUGUCGGCCUCGCACACCCCGAAGAAGGCGACAUCGCGUCGUUUGAUGAGCUUGCAAAGAAGGGAAGAGAAGGAAAGCCUAUACCACUCAAGGACGUGAAGGAGGUCGGCGGCAGGAAAGAGCCCUUGAUUACUCUCGAUGAGACAACAGAUUUGUCCAAGGCCAUAGAGGUCUUUGGAAGUGGUGUGCAUAGGGUCUUGGUCGCAGAACAAGGCACUUCAAACGUCAAGGGCAUUCUGACGCAGUUGAGAUUGGUGCAGUUCUUCUGGGAGAACCGAUCAAGUUUCCCAGGUGUCAACCAGCUAUACUCACAGCUGAUCAAAGACCUGAACCUUGGAUCCAAGACAGUCCUGGCCAUCAAUGGAGAUAAGCCUCUUGCGGCCGCUCUCGAGCUCAUGAAUAACGAAGGCGUAUCGUCUUUACCAGUCCUGGACGCGCAGAACAACGUUAUCGGCAACAUAUCACACGUGGAUGUCCGCCUCUUGACAAAAUCCACGUCCCUACCACUACUUCGCUCAUCCUGUAUCCACUUCAUAUCCGUCAUCCUGUCAGAGCGAGGAGUCAACGAUGGCAAAGAUUCCUUCCCUGUAUUCCACGUCAAUCCAUUCAGCACCCUCGCACAUACUGUGGCUAAGCUGGUUGCAACUCGCUCGCACCGCAUGUGGGUCGUCGAUGCACCGUCGCCCGCAUCAUCUGGACCAUCAACUCCUGCGAUAACACCUGCGAUCGUUGUUCCUCCCUCGCCAAUCACACCACUUCCCGGAAUGGCAGGUCCUAUACCUGUCAAUUCGACCGCCCCGACGCACCUUGCCAGCACUGGAGCUGUUGCACCAGCUAUCUCUGCAUCCGCAAUGUCCACCAUGCCAGGGGCCAGCCUCUCUGGUAGACUUAGCGGAGUCAUCAGUCUCACAGAUAUCCUCAAUCUAUUCGCAAGAGCAAGUGGGCUCAAUCCCCAUGAUCCCGAUGAAGCACGACGUGCUAGGCGCAGGUCGAGCUCCAGUAGCAUGAGGCAGAGCAUGGACAGUUCAAGGAGUGAAAGUGUGUCGGCAAUUGCAGGACGAAGGAGCAGCGUGAGCAAGCGAGAAGAAAACGCACCCACAGCUCAGGGAUUAGGUAUUUCCAGGGGACGAGGCUCAUAG